AUGUCGGCAGCAUCCUCGGCUUCGGGCCAAUUCUCCGAAACUACGAAACUGGAAACACGAAGGCUUGCUGGCAACGGGUGUUGGUCAUGCGAAACGACCCGAGUAGAUAUUUGCUAUGUGAUCGCAAAAGAAGACACACAGACUGAAGUGUGGGAACAGGCUGGUCUGUUCAAGUUCCAAUAUAAAACCGCCGCGAACGCCAUUCCUCUUUGUGGCGCCUGUCACGCGGAAUUUGACUGCGCUAUUGACCCGGGAUACGUGUUUUUCCCCGACGACCUCCAAUACUUCAUUGAUUAUGAAACCAAAGAUCAGCAGCGUCGGCAGCGUUGUGCAGCCGAAACCGGUCAGCCUGUCGAACGAAAAGCCCCAACUGCCACCGAAUACCUCGCCUACCAAAUGAACGCAAACUUGGUUCCGUCUGAUGCUGUUGGUGGUUUAUACCGCCGCGUGUUUCUCAAGAGAUUUCUUCACGGCGGUACAGUUGUGGGCUUGGAGCAUCUAUUCUCCAUGCCCAGACAAUGGCAUGGCGCCCCCAUGGCUUCGAUCAGACGUGCGCUUGCGACCCUUGGGAGUCCGCGGUCGUAUAUAAUUGACCCAAGCACACGGGGCGCUCUGGAAAAGUUACGCGAGCUAUACUUCGGGGACGAAUCACCCAGUCCAUUCGAUGUUCCCCUUCGUGAACUAUAUCGAUCAGAUGCGAUUAAAUCUGCGAACAAGCGCCAUCCAGAGGAGAGAGAUGAGGGUGCAUCAGGACGGGCCAAGAGGGCCAGGGGCCUGGAGGUGGGUCAGAGCAUGGGUCUUACUGAGGACGCAGGAUCAACCAAUCGAUGCGCAGAGCAUCCAGACUGGGUGUUAGGGCCGCACAUUACAACGAACGAGGUUGUGCGCCUAUACGGGCCCUUGUUUUCUCCUACGUGA